AUGGCGAUGGCGCAGGGGCAGGGGCAGGGGGCGGCGACGUCGCUGCCGCCGGGGUUCCGGUUCCACCCGACGGACGAGGAGCUCAUCCUGCACUACCUUCGCAACCGCGCCGCCGCCGCGCCGUGCCCGGUCUCCAUCAUCGCCGACGUAGACAUCUACAAGUUCGAUCCGUGGGACCUCCCUUCCCAGGCGGUGUACGGCGACUGCGAGUGGUACUUCUUCAGCCCGCGGGAUCGCAAGUACCCCAACGGCAUCCGCCCCAACCGCGCCGCCGGCUCCGGCUACUGGAAGGCCACCGGCACCGACAAGCCCAUCCACGACCCCGCCACCGGCCAGGGCGUCGGCGUCAAGAAGGCGCUCGUCUUCUACAAGGGCCGCCCGCCCAAGGGCACCAAGACUGCCUGGAUCAUGCACGAGUACCGGCUCGCCGCCGACCCCCUCACCACCGCCGUCAACACCUACAAGCCCAUCAAGUUCCGCAACGUCUCCAUGAGGUUGGAUGACUGGGUGCUAUGCCGGAUCUACAAGAAGACCGGCCUGGCGUCGCCGAUGGUGCCGCCGCUGUCCGACUACGACCACAUGGCCGACCACGACGACCUCUCCGGCGGCGGCGGCACCUUCGACGACGCCGCCUGCAGCUUCUACGCGCACUCCAGCAGCAGCAGCAGCGCCAGCAGAACCAUGAUCACGCAGCAGCCGCCGCACGCCGGGGGACUCCCCACGAUCCCGUCCUUCUCCGAGCUCUUCGACGACUACUCGCUCGCGCAGAUCCUCGACGCCGAGGCCGAGCACGGCGCCACCCACCACCUCGCCGUCCACCCUUCCCUGAACAUGCUCCUCCCCGUCGGCGACAACGCGCACGGAGUACAGCCGUCGUACUACGCGCCGUCGUCGUCAUCGCCGGACGCCAGCGGCGGGAGCGCGGGGAAACGCAAGGCCGCGAGCCCGGAAGAGUCAUCGGCCAAGAGGCUUAACGGGUCGUGCUUCGACGCGCCGCCGCAGUCGGCGAACAGCUGGCAGGGGGCGGCGUCGGUGCUGGGCGGCCUCGGUCAUCAGAUGCUUCCUCAGUUCUAA